AUUCGACAGCGCGGCCUACCCGAUCCGAUCAAUCGAUCAAUGUUUGUUUGUGUUCACGGGUGCAAACUUUUUUGGCGCGUGUGAGCAGAUGUGUUAGUGUAGAGGUUCAUUCCCCGCUUUCUCAUUGAGUACGAAGUAGUGUAUGUGUAUGUGGGUGUUUUCCUUGUGUGCAGUGCUGUGUGCAUCUAUCUCUUGGAAGAGAGUUGGAUUUGUUAUGGAUGGAAAACUUCGCUCGGUUUGGAUGCCAGCAUAAAUGGAAUGUUUUGUUUUGGUCAAAUUUUGGACCAUAACUUUGCGGAAUCAAAUCGAUGAACGCGUAUAGGUGAUACAGAGAGUUGGAAAGUGGCGAUCGGUUGCAGAAAGCGUUUACGUGCAAAGUUGAAAAGAAAUUGUGGAUGGAAUGAUAGUUGCAUCAGGAAUGAUUUUACACGCGGCGCUUUGUGACAUGAAAACUAGCUGAGCAGCUGAUAACGUUGUGUACCAAAGUACACAAAUACUCGAGUGAUAGCUGAUGCUGUGGAUGCUUCGGCAUUGAUGCACAAAGAGUCUAACUGCUUCGUGGGAAUCGAGUUUGACGAGUCGAACAAAUCUAUUUUCUGGCGGCGUGAAAUUCGUUGUUAUUUAUACGCAUCGAAUGCGUUAGCAAGGUUCCGCCUCCCUCGUCUCGAGCCGCUCACACAGCUAGUUGAGCCUGAACUUUUGCCACUCAAUGACCGCUUUUCGCUCGCAGUUAAGGGCACCUGGCACCUGGAGCUAACGCGCGCCAGUUGAUGGAUGUGCGCACACCUCUGAGCAGCACCGAAAGAGCGGCGGUGGAAUUGGGAGACCGAAUCGGAGGAAGUUGAUCCACUUCGAGCGCUGGUGACCUGUGUACUCAUCAACCGAACCGGGGGGAGGCACCGACUCAAACAGAACACAAAUUCCAAUCGCAAUGUGCUAUUGAGUGACUGAUUGAGGUGAGAACGGUGCGCGCGCAGGUCGCAGAACAAUAGCUCUGGGUGCUGCAAUUAGAAGUGAUUUUCGAUUCCGACACACACACAGUUGAGGGUUUUCGCCGAUCGGAUCGAAAUUAGAUCGGAAUGUCCGGCAGAUGGGGCUUCAAAAUAAUACCUCAAAACAAUACUUGGGACAGAGCGUAGAUCAACCGAGCAUGUUUUGAAACGAGCGGAUUGUUGGAGUGAAAAAUAAAAACAAUCGCCCACCAGAGUGGAAUUAGUUGGAUAGAUAGUGGCGGGAGUGUGCGCUCUCGGUGCGAUUCGCCGUGCUUUCAAGCCACUGAGAGUGCGACCCAUAGCGAAUAGUUUUGGGGGGAGAUCUACACGAUCUAUGCGAAUAGUUUGUCUACCAGGUAGACGAGACAGUCGAUCGUGAGUAAGUGAGAUUGUAGGUUGGGCUUCUAUCGUGAUUUGUCUGUGUCUAUCGGUAAACUCUUGGGUACAAGUCAGGACAGCGAGAUAAGAGUGAACAGGUUUCAUCCUUGGCGGUGGAUCCACUAGCCGGGACAUGCACCAUACAAAGAAUGGCUCCGCACGUUUGUAUUAACAUCAAUUGAAUAUUACAACUACAGUAGUGUGUGUGUAUGUGCUUGUUGGCAGUCAACUCGCGUGUCUCGCGUGUUCCACAGUGUCGAAAUCAACGAGGGUCUCAACGCUCACUCGGAUCGCCGUAAUCAGUAUCCUCUGGUGCACUUCCUGAGACCUCAGGCGAUAUAAUCGGCAAACAGAAAGUGUAUAUUUCGCCUGAAACAGAUUACAUCAAACGUUGUUCGUGUAGUAGUCGACGUGUAUUCAAAUCGACAACUUAACUUGUUUUCGCGUCUGUGGCCUUCGGGGGCCAGAUUCACGUUUUAGCAAGGAGCCACUACAAUGGCUGCUGUAAAUGUGCAUAAAAAGAAGAUGUAGAGAGAGAAAAGAUUACCGCAGAAGAUAGAUGAGAAGAGAAAAAUCAACAACCAAAUCAAGUGAAGGUGAUUGAAAUGCAAGUAAGUGGCAAAGUACAGUUUACCUGUCGUUCUGCCGCGCUAUUUAGAUUUGUGCGUUGUGUGUUUGUGUAAACAGUUCAGCACCGGAUGAGGAUUUCUGCUGUUGAAGAUUUCACCCGUGAUUUCAGCACUGGGUCUGUGUUUGGUUAUUGAACAGUGAUCGCAACGAUUGCGGGCCUACGUACCCGACAAGUGUUGGUGAUAAUUUCCCUAAUAGAGCGGCGUUGAAAUUGCUGCCAGAAGCUUAGUAUUAUGAAAAAAGUAUCAUUCCCCGGUGGUUGCCAUAACAGAUUGAGUUAUGGAAAAUGUUAAUGAGUGAUUGAUGGUAACAGGUGUCUCUCGUCGUUUAUCAAUUAAUGGUGAUUUAUGAGUGAAGCAAAAUAAUUUCUACUAGUAAAAGAUAACUUGUGAAGGAGUUGCAAGCUAUCAAUUGGCGUUGGUAAUAUUCCAAGGUGGUUGCAGAUCGUGCGCGAAAAAUACCGAAACGAAGAACAGGACUCGUGUUUGUUUGCAAAGCCUCCACACAGCACCUCGGCCAACGGCUAGCAACGGCUCGUCUAAUUAGGCGUCGUUGGGUUUCAAUCGCCCCAAUGGUGAGGUAGCAACCGGUGUGCAAGGUUUCCUAGUCCAAAACCUUCCCAAAUAAAUUAGCGACGUCUUUCGGUCUAUCCCAGCGUUUCCUUAAUUUCCUUAUUUCCCUCGUACGAUUUCACGGGCUCCGCAGGCCUGCCCAAAGGACGGAGCAAUGUUAAAUUGUACAGAUCUUGCCUGUGUUCUGCAUCAUCAUCACUUCUACGCGCAUCUGCAUCACCUAAAGCAUCACCUGCAGGACGAUCACGACCACCAUGGUGGGCACGGCCACCACGAGAGCCACGAUCAUCACGAGUCAGCUGCGGGAGAGGGGAGUGACGUAGACAACAACAACAUACAAGAUCUACUCAAUGAUACCGAUUCUGAGCUUUCCUCCCUUUCGCAUGUUGAUGCUCCCAACGAUGUCCUGUAUAUGGUUUGCGGAGUUGUCAUUGCCAUGCUCCUCGUGGGCCUCAUCAUAGUUUUAGUAGCAGUCACGAUCAGCAAACUGAGAAAGCGUGAAGAAUCGUCCGUGAGUCCAGUGACGGCGACCAACGUGGAGGCGGCCCCACCGUCGCAUCACCACAAUCCUAGCAGUAACAAUAACAACAAUCAUCAUCAUAACCACCACCAUAGCAGUAGUGUCCACAAUAACGGCAGCCAGCAGCAGCAGGAGAACGGAUACUCGGUACCAACUCCGGUGGCAUUCCGACAGAGCCCGUCCAGUGUGUGGGUGUUUCCUCCGCUACCACCGCAGCCCAACCUUUACAGCUACAACGCCAACAGUCAAGAUGCGUUAGUACACAACGAUAAGACCGGCUUCAAGGGUCUGAAGCGACAGCUGUCCGGCCGCUUCAAGCGGCUAGUGUCGCGAAAAUCGCACGAACCCGCCCCAGCGAUACCGCCCGAGCUGAAGCCCCAACUGAAGACCAUCUACGUUUAUUAAUAAUAAUGAUAAUGAUCAUAACCAGAGAGAGAGAGAGUGUAUCAAACAACAACACGGUAAAGUGUAAUGCUAAUGUUUAGUGUUCGAUUUUUUCCACCCCGCUCGGAUUUUAUUGAACACAACGUGCGCCGUGCGCCAAGAGAAAGUGAAAGAUGCAACACAUCUGUAUGCACGGGGAGAAAGGUGCGAUCCAAGACAAGGAGAGUAGUUCGCUGCAAUGAGUCAUUCAUAUGUCGUAUUUUCUCGUGUUACAACAAUCUCUAACUUUUUUGUCUAGACUUUUUUUAAGACCCUCAGUGAGAAUUUUGUAUUUUUUUGAUGCAACCGACUAUUUUGAGUACAUCAUUGAAAUUGAUUUUAUUUAUUACUAUUUUCCGUAUUUUUUUAAAUUGAAAACAUUGAUAUUGAAAAAACCACUGUCAUUUCUAUAAUUUUUUUCCAAUCAUGAUGCACAAAAACGGGAACAGUCAAACUAAUUGAUAUUGAUCCGCCAUUCCAGUUCGUGAUAUGACGUGUAAUCAAUGGUGUACUAUAUUCGAACCCAAGAUAAACAAGUAGUUAACAUACACACAUACAUACACCAAGUUCAAACGUUUCAAAGAGAAAAGUAAUUAUUAUUAUUAGUGAACAUAGAAGAAGACUGACACACAGACACUUUUAAGGCGAAAGCGAAGAUAGCAAGGGCGAAAGUAGAGUCGUGUCACC